CCCGGCCACGUGGUAGCUUCGCCCCUGGGUGGGCGUGGCCCAGCACUUCCUCAUCCACGUUGAAAAACAUCGUUUGAGUUUCGAACGGCGGCACAUUUGCGGCGCCUCUUCACGUCUCCCUCAGGAAGACUCGUUCAAGCGGUACAAUGGAGAGAUGCUGUGGACUGUUGACAGCCAAGGAAGAACCAGUUCCCCUGAUGGGCAUCGAAGCGGAGGUGGAGGUGAAGGACCACGUGGCCACCGCGGCCUGCACGCUGCGCUACGAGAACGAGGAGGACAAAGCCAUCGAAGCGGUUUUUGUCUUCCCUCUGCCCGCCGACGCCGCCGUCUGCCACUUCAGCGCCAAGAUGGGCCGAACCGAAGUUGUCGCCGAGGUGAAGGAGAAAACGCAGGCCCGGGAGGAGUACGACGACGCGCUGAGCUCCGGCCAGCGGGCCUUUCUGCUGGAGGAGAGCGAGCAGAGCCCGGAUAUCUUCUCUCUGAGCGUGGGCAGCCUCCCCCCGGGCGAGAGCGCCUCCAUCAGGCUGGAGUACGUCGUCGAGCUGGCCGUGGAAGCCGACGGCGGCCUGAGAUUUUGUCUGCCCGCGGUGCUCAACCCUCGCUACCGACCUCCAGGAAGUGAAGUCGCCGGCGUCCAGGUGACGUCCGUUCCCGCCUCCCUCGUGCCCUACAGUCUGUCCUUCUCCGCCCGGGUGUCGUCCCCCCGUCGGGUCUCCAAAGUGGACUCCGACUGUUCCCUGGAGCCCCUGCAGUACCUCAACGAGGAGCAAACCCAGGCGCUCGUGAAACUCUCUGCAGGACACAAGUUUGACAGGGACGUGGAGCUGCUGAUUUACUACGAGGACGCUCACCGGCCGACUGCCGUGGUGGAGGCGGGAAAGGCGUCCGCCGAGCCCGGCACGCUGAUGGGGGACGCGGUCGUCAUGCUGAGUCUGUACCCCGAGUUCCCCCCGGAAGUCACGUCUUCGCUCGCCACGAGCGGGGAGUUCGUCUUCCUGCUGGACCGGUCCGGAAGUAUGGAUUGUCCUCUCGGUGGAUUUAAUCAGAGCGAGACCCGCAUCAGCAGCGCCAGGGACACUCUGCUAUUGCUCCUCAAGAGCUUGCCCAUGGGCUGCUACUUCAACAUCUACAGUUUCGGCUCCACCUUUCAGCACGUCUUCCCUAAAAGUGUGGAGUACAGCGAGACGACCUUGGAAGACGCCCUGAAGAAAGUGGAGCGCAUGGCCGCCGAUCUGGGAGGGACGGAGAUCCUUCAGCCCCUCCGAAGCAUCUACAGCCAGCCCUGCGUUCCCGCUCAACCGCGACAACUCUUUGUCUUCACUGACGGCGAAGUGAUGAACACCAAAGAAGUGACGAGCUUGGUGAAGAAGCAUUCGGCUUCCCACAGGUGUUUCUCUUUUGGGAUCGGAGAAGGGGCCAGCAGCGCUCUCAUCAACGGUUUGGCCAAGGAGGGGGGAGGCCAUGCCCAGUUCAUCACAGGUGCUGAAAGGAUGCAACCAAAGGUGAUGCAAUCGCUCCGGUUUGCGCUGCAACCGGCAGUGGAGGACAUCUCGGUCACCUGGGAUUUGCCCAAGGGGGUCUCCGUCACGCCUCUGUCUCCACCUCUCACGGCAAUUUUCCAGGGUCAACGGUCGCUCCUUUAUGCUCAGCUCACCGGCGAGAGUUCGGAGGCAAAAGACGGCCGUGUCACCGUAAAGUACAACCUGGCCGGCCGGCCGACCCAGAGUCAGCUUUGCUUCGCCCUCCGACCCAAAGAGGACACCUGUUUGACAAUUCAUCGGUUGAGUGCUCGGACCGCGAUCCGCGCCAUGGAGCUGGAGGAGGACGCGGACGCAACUCCGCCCUGGGAGGAGACGGGAGACCGAGAAGGCGGCGUGAAGGAGAAAGUGGUGCGACUCAGCGUCCAGUCCGGCGUGAGCAGCAGCCACACGGCCUUCGUUGCCGUCCGCAAGGGGGAAAAGGGGGACGCGCUUCCAGGACCUUUGCUGAGGCGAAACAUCCCAGCUCCGUCGUACCCCAUGCCAAUGAUGGGUAUGAUGAGGGCGAUGCCCAUGCAGUUCCAUGGAGGGGGAGGUCCUGUCCUGAUGAAGAGCUGCUGCAAUUCUUCAGAACCGGCAGACUUUCUGAAUGACGACUACGAAGAUGCCGAACCUUUCGGAGGGGCCGUGCCGCCAUCGCCGCCCCCGCCUGUUCACAGAGACCCUUUGCUGCAGUUGGUGUCCCUCCAGAAGGCGUCGGGCUGCUGGCUGCUCGACGGGCCGCUGGCGCUUGCGCUGGGAAAGACCAGCGAGGAGCUGGAAAGCCCCAAACCUGCCGAGGUGAGCAAGGAAGUGUGGGCGACCAUCCUGGCUCUCGUCUGGCUUCACGGGCUCAAGUCGGACGCUAAAGACGAGUGGCAGCUUCUGGCUAUGAAGGCCGUGUCAUGGCUCCGCGCUCAAAACGCACCGAGCGUGGUUGCGUGUGUGGAAGCCGGCAACGUUUUGUUGGGUUGUAAAGUGCAGAAAGACACGCUGGGAAUCUGAGCGCUCCGCAGAAGAAUCCACCCGGAACUUCUGCUAUUGAUUUGUUUUGAAAAUAGUGGCUGCCUUCUUUAAUUGCAACUUGUCAUCCUCGAAGCCAUUUAACAAGACACAUCUGUUUUGAUCUCUUAAAGCU